AUGACUUAUCCUCUCCGCCAACUGUACUACGAUGGCAAGCGCCAGAACGCAACCUCACACUCGACUUUCCAAACAGUGGAUCCAGCUACUGCAAAGCCCGUAGGAGAGAUCCAAAUCGCUUCCCAUGCCGACAUUGACAAAGCUAUUGCAUCUGCCCAAUCAGCUUUCCAGUCAUGGUCCACCACUCCUGCAAUCGAAAGAUCUCGUAUCCUACUAAAGGCCGUGGCUCUUCUCCGGGAACGCAAUGAUGAGAUUGCAAAGGUCGAGACACACGACACCGGCAAGCCUUUCUCGGAAACCAGCACUGUGGAUGUUGUCACUGGUGCCGAUGUGCUCGAGUAUUAUGCCAACAUGGUUGCUUCAGGCGGUCUGAACGGCGAAACCACUCGAAUUCGUCCAGAUGCAUGGGUGUAUACUACCAAGAACGCUCUGGGAGUCUGUGCAGGUAUCGGUGCAUGGAACUACCCUAUCCAAAUCGCUCUCUGGAAGUCUGCGCCUUGUCUGGCAGCAGGAAACUGUAUGGUUUACAAGCCUUCAGAAUUCACUCCUCUCCACGCACAGAUUCUGGCUGAGAUCUACACUGAGGCCGGUGUACCCGCCGGUGUCUUCAACGUCGUCCAAGGAGCCGGAGACGUCGGCGCAUACCUGACUGCUCACCCCAAGAUCGCAAAAGUCAGCUUCACAGGUCAAGUCAGCACCGGCAUGAAGGUCGCCGGCUCGGCAGCUGGUAACAUGAAAUACGUGACCAUGGAACUCGGCGGCAAAUCACCUUUAAUCGUCCUUCCCGACUGCCCAGUCGAAAACGCCGUCGACGGCGCCAUGAUGGCAAACUUCUUCUCCACCGGCCAAGUCUGCACAAACGGCACUCGCGUCUUCGUACCCAGAAAGAUGGUCCCGGCAUUCGAAAAGCGCCUCAUCCAAAAGAUGGAGUACGUCCGCGCAGGAGAUGUCAUGGAUCCAAACACAAACUUUGGCCCUCUAGUCAGCAAAGUCCACUACCAAAAAGUUCUCGAUUACAUCCGUCAUGGUGUAAAUGAAGACAAAGCCAAACUCAUCUACGGCGGUUUCGACAAACCAUCCUUCGCGGGAGCAAGUUCAGAUGGCUUCUGGGUCAAGCCCACAAUCUUCACAAACUGCACUGACGACAUGCGCAUCGUCAAGGAAGAAAUCUUUGGCCCUGUGAUGUCAAUCCUGCCCUACGAUACCGUGGAAGAGGUUGUAAAGCGUGCUAACGAUACACCUAUGGGAUUGGCUGCUGGUGUGUUCUCCAACGAUAUCAACGCCGCUCACAAGAUUGUUGCUCAAUUGCAAGCUGGCAUUACUUGGGUGAACACCUGGGGUGAGAGUCCUGCUGAGAUGCCCGUGGGUGGUUGGAAACUCAGUGGUGUGGGUGUGGAGAAUGGCCGCAAGGGACUCGAGGCCUGGGUUAAGAAUAAGAGCACUCUGGUUGAGAUGGGUGGUGUUGUCGGUACUGUCUUUGCCAAGUUGUAA